AAGAGUAUUACGAAAAUACGAAAGUUGCUUCCGACUUUGGAAGCAUUCGCCCCUUGCCAUGAACAACGCAUGUUUUCAUCUUCACGAGCCUGAUUUUCCAGGCUCCAUCUUCUUCAUCAGUUUGCAGAAAAACCAGAAUAUCUCAGAUAAAGCAAACAGCUGGAAGCAUGGUGUUCUCACAAAUCCCUGUGAAAAUAUUAUAAAAUAGUAUAUUUUUGGUGAGUCAGUGAGUAUUAGCUCGCCACGCGGCCAUUCAAAUUAGCAGAAGAACAUAAAUAUCAUCAUUAAACGAAGCUUUCUUCAACCUGCACUUCCUUCUUCUUCCUUAUCGACAACUUAUUCCCCCUCGUCUGUGUCUCUCUCUUCCUCUAAAAUUUCAUCGUCAUGGAUCCUUACAAGUUUCGUCCAUCAAGCGCCCACAAUUCUCCUUUCUUCACCGCAAACUCUGGUGCCCCUGUUUGGAACAAUAACAAUUCCCUCACAGUUGGCUCCAGAGGUCCAAUUCUUCUCGAGGAUUAUCAUUUGGUGGAGAAGCUAGCAAAUUUCGACAGGGAACGGAUUCCAGAGCGUGUGGUUCAUGCUAGAGGUGCUAGUGCUAAAGGGUUCUUUGAAGUAACUCAUGAUAUCUCUCAUCUCACCUGUGCUGAUUUCCUUCGAGCACCUGGAGUCCAGACCCCUGUUAUUGUCAGGUUUUCUACUGUUAUCCAUGAGCGUGGAAGUCCUGAAACUCUUAGAGAUCCUCGAGGUUUUGCUGUCAAGUUUUACACCAGAGAGGGUAACUUUGACCGUGGCAACAAUUUCCCUGUAUUUUUCAUCCGUGAUGGGAUGAAAUUCCCUGACAUGGUCCAUGCUCUCAAACCCAAUCCUAAGUCACACAUUCAAGAAAACUGGAGGAUACUAGACUUCUUCUCACACCACCCUGAGAGCUUGCACAUGUUCACCUUUCUCUUUGAUGACAUUGGUAUCCCACAGGAUUACAGGCACAUGGAUGGCUUUGGUGUCAACACAUACACUUUGAUCAAAAAGUCUGGGAAGGCACAUUAUGUGAAAUUCCACUGGAAACCAACUUGUGGGGUUAAGAGUUUGUUGGAAGAUGAGGCCAUAAGAGUUGGUGGAUCUAACCACAGUCAUGCCACACAGGACCUCUAUGACUCGAUUGCAGCCGGACACUACCCUGAGUGGAAGCUUUUCAUUCAGAUAAUUGAUCCUGAUGAUGAAAACAAGUUUGAUUUUGAUCCACUUGAUGUGACCAAGACUUGGCCUGAAGACAUCUUGCCCUUGCAGCCUGUGGGUCGCUUGGUUUUGAACAGGAAUAUAGAUAAUUUCUUUGCUGAGAAUGAGCAGCUUGCAUUCUGCCCCUCUAUUGUGGUGCCUGGUGUCUAUUAUUCAGAUGAUAAGUUGCUGCAAACUAGAAUCUUCUCCUACUCUGAUACACAGAGGCAUCGUCUUGGACCAAAUUAUCUGAUGCUUCCUGCAAAUGCUCCCAAGUGUUCUCAUCACAACGAUCACCAUGAUGGCUUCAUGAAUUUUAUGCAUAGGGAUGAGGAGGUUAAUUACUUCCCUUCAAGAUAUGAUCCAGUUCGUCAUGCUGAGAAGUACCCUACUCCUCCUGUUAUUCUAAGUGGCAAGCGCGAUAAGUGUGUCAUUCCAAAGGAGAACAACUUCAAGCAGCCUGGGGAGAGAUACCGUUCCUUUUCACCAGACAGGAAAGAGCGAUUUAUUCAACGUUGGGUUGAGGCCUUGUCCGACCCAAGGGUUACUCACGAAAUUCGCAGUAUUUGGAUCUCAUACUGGGCUCAGGCUGACAGGUAUCUGGGACAGAAGAUUGCUUCUCACCUCAACAUGAGGCCAACCAUGUGAAAAAGCAUAAACAAAGUCUCAAAUAUUCAUCAUACAGGGACAUUAUUCAAUCUAAUUACUGUAGCUUUAUGUGGAUUCAGUAGUUUAAAGAAAAAAACAUUGCAGUUUUGUUUGUGAAAUAUACUAAGAAGAGUCUUUGUAAUAAGAUGUGAUAAUUAGUAACUAAAGUGUUAAAUGUAAGUUUCUUUGUUUUUAUUAAAUUUCCCACCAUAUAUUUCCUAAAAAAAGAGAAAAGAUUUAAAAAACAAAAAGAAAAUUAUUUUUAAUAACCAAUCAAUUCCCGCUAAAUGGACCAUUUCUAAAAUAACAAUGAAAUAAUUUUCUGCAAAUUACGGCCAAAU